CUGAAAUUAAAAACACAAAAUCCCAGCAAAGAAGAUGUUUCAAAUUGUUUUUGCACAUCUUCUGCAGACUUCUUGGCUCUCACUGUCCAUCUGCAGUCAGCGAACAGAAGUCCCCCUGGCAGAAAAAGAGGAAGCUACAAUGAGGAAUAUGAAGCUGUUAGUCAUCUUGGUGUUCAUUGUGGUCAGCAUUGACGAGGUGAACUCACUUAGACGGUCCGAGAGACAAAAAGCACAACGCGCAGGGAAAAUGUGUGUGACUGGAGAUGGGAGCAACUACAGAGGCACUGUGUCCACCUCAGCCCGAGGCCGUCGAUGCCUUGACUGGGACCUCUUCUCCUCCUGGGAGCACUAUCACCCCUCCAAGGGCCUGGGGCCACACAACCACUGCAGAAAUCCCAACAAUAGCCUGAAGCCAUGGUGUCGCGUGCGAAGAGGAGGAAGAAUAAUCAGAGUGUUCUGCGGCGUUCGCAAAUGCAUGCCCGAAACAGCUCCUGUUGCAACCAUACAACCCAAGGCUUCUGUGGAUACAGAGCUGACCUGCGGCGAGCGGACCGAGCGCCGGAGCAACAGGAUCGUGGGGGGCGUCGUGGCCCCCAUCCAGGCCCACCCGUGGGUGACCGCCAUCUACCGGCCGCACAAGUUCCUGUGCGGAGGAACCCUCAUCGCACCCUGCUGGGUCCUCUCCGCCGCGCACUGCUUCGCUGACGGCGACUACUCUUCGCUACGACAACUGUCUGUGUACCUGGGGAAGAGCGCCCUCAACGAGACGGACGCAGAGAAGGAGCAGCGGUUCACUGUGGAUCAACUGGUCAUACACGCCGAAUACAGAAGCGGAGGAGUGGACUAUGAGAAUGACAUAGCGCUGUUGAGGAUACGCGGCAGUGAUGGUGCUUGCGCUGCUCGGACCGACUGGACCCGCACGGCGUGUCUGCCCCCCCUCCACACCAAACUGCCUGCUGGGAUGCGGUGCACCGUCACCGGCUAUGGCCGUGAGGUUGACGGUGGAGAUUAUGAUUCCCAGUACCUGCGGGAGGCGAAGGUGCAGCUGCUCUCACAGGGCGUCUGUAGGUCCAACUACGCUGAGAAACUCACGGACAACAUGCUCUGUGCCGCCAGUCCAGACUGGAGCAGAGACGCCUGCCAAGGAGACUCCGGGGGUCCGCUGGUUUGCGAGACGGGGGGCCGGGCGUUCCUCUACGGGGUGGUCAGCUGGGGCGACGGCUGUGCCCGGAGGAACAAGCCGGGGGUGUACACGCGACUGACCAACUACAACGGCUGGAUCGCCGAGCAGACAGGCCUGCCGUCCUACACCGACGGAGCCAUGUACCCCAAGAAGUAACCAUGGUGACCAGCAGAUAGAAGGAGGACGGCGGUAUCUCAGGAAAUUAAGUCUGAAAAAAAGGCUCCAUUUUGUUUUGUUGUUUAAACGCUUUUGCACAGAGCAGCAAACAAUGUGACGUUUAUUAUAUGGUGCGGUGCAGUUUAUGGCACCAUGGUGGAAUGCAUAUAUGCAAGUGGGUAAAAUUAUAUUUAAUUUGGCAUUUGACAAGAAUCUAGAUGGUUUCUUUUUGUCAUUGAACAAAUAUUUUUUAUAGAGGCUGGUCUUCUGUUACUUAUUAUUAUACUUUACUUUCAAUGUUUUUAAUUGUAUUUUUCAUUUGUAUUUUUUUAUUUAUUAUUAUUAUUAUUAUCAUUAUUAUUAUUAUUAUUAUUAUUAUUAUUAUUAAUAUUGUUGAAUUAUUAUUUGUAUAAUAAUACAUUAAAUGUAUAUAUUUAACAUAA